AUGCUCCUCUGUCUCCCUGGCAUCUACCUAGCUCUGACAGGUCUCGGGGCCGGUGGAGGAAAGCCGUCAUCUCAGGCCGUGGCUGCGAAUGUGAACGCCAUCCUGUAUGGCGUCUUCUUCGUGACUGGGUGGUUUGCCGGCUCGGUGAUGAAUCUCAUCGGUCCCAACUAUACGGUCUUCCUCGGGUCCAUUGGCUAUAGUCUAUACACAGGUGGUCUGUGGUACUUUGAUCGAACUGGAAACUCCUGGCUGGCAUACCUGGGUGGAGGCAUUGAAGGGGUGUCUGCUGCACUUCUAUGGGCGUCUGCCGGUGCGAUCGCGUACUCGUAUGCCGAAGAGAAGGACAAGGCUUUGUUCAUGACGAUCCAAUGGUGCAUGUGUGAAGGUGGCUCGACCAUUGCUGCUCUGGUGGCCCUCGGCAUCAACAUGCACAGCUCACGGCAAGAUGCCGGUGCCCCGACUCCGGUUUACAUCGUGUUUGUUGUCAUCCAGGUGUUCGCCAUGGUUCUGGCUCUCACGCUGCUUGUGCGGCCGGCCAAGGUCGUACGCAGCGACGGCACCAAGAUUGCCAUCUUCAAGCAGCCCACGGUGAAAAGCGAGCUGGUCGGGAUUCUCGAGAUGAUCAAAGACUACAAGUUCAUGAUGCUGCUCCCCGCCAUCUUUGUCGCCGAAAUGGCGUUGGCCCUCCAGAGCUCCCUCAACGGCUACUACUUCAACCUCCGCACUCGGUCGCUCAACAACGUCAUGUUCAACUUCAUCCAGCUGCCGGCGAGCUUUGGCAUGACCUACAUCCUGGACAAUCCUCGGUUCGGUCGGCGGAAGACGAGAGCACUAAUCGGCAUCUCUGUGAUGAGCGCCAUCACGCUGGCCAUUUGUGCCGCCGAGGCUGCCUGGCUCGCUGAACACCAUCUGCAUCGCCACGAAGCAGGCCCAUCCACCGAUUGGACCGAUUCUGCAUUUGCCGGAGCGUUUGUUAUCUAUGUAAUCUACGGAAGUGUUUACAGCAUAUACCAAAUAGCAACACAGUACGUGAUCUGCGCCUUGACCAACGAUCCGGAGAAGCUGGCACGACGAGCGUCGUGCUUCCGAGGAACAACCGCGCUGGGCAUGAUGUUCAGCUUCAUCAUCGACGGCAAUGGAGGGACGUAUAUCACCCAGCUGUCUUUCCAGUUUGCGUGCUACUUUGUCGGCAUCCUCUUUCUGUACGCGGUCACCAUCUUCUACGUGAGUGACACGAACUAUUUCCACGAGGACACGGUCAUUGUGCCCAAGCAUGUCGAGGACGAUGCCCGGCUGGAAGGGAGAAUUGCGGUGGAGAGCGGCAGUGUGGACGGAACUGAAACGGUGAUGCCUGAGAAGAGCAUGGCUUAG